AUGUCAUCACCACAAAACCCAUCUUCCACUCUCUCAGCUCGUUUCGGUCACUCUGCUCUCUUUCACAACCAUAACAUUUACCUCUUUGGUGGUCUUCAAAAAUCCGAUACCCAUUCAAAUUCCCUCGUGUUGAUCAAUGAUCUCAUCCAACUCAAUACUUUCACUUUAGAAUUCACCAAUUUAACCAAAUCACAUGAUAAUAAUAAUAAUAAUUCACAAAACAUUCCAAGUGCUAGAAGUUUUCACACACUGGUCUCGAAGCAAAAUUCCCAAAAGUUGAAUCAUGUAAAUAAUAAUUCUAAUGAUGAUGAAAUGAUUCUUUUCGGAGGUAAAUCAAAUAAUGAUUCAAUGUUACAUGAUGUUUGGACUUUUUCAUCAUCAAGUUGGAAAGAAAUCACUUGUAAGAAUUCACAAUUAAUUUCACCAAGAUGUGGCCAUGUGAGUGUGGUUUAUGGAGAAUCCAUGUUUGUGUUUGGUGGAUUUGUUAAAAAUAAUGAUAUUAUUCAUGCGAGUAAUGAAAUGUUUGAGUUGAAUUUGAAAACUUUUGAAUGGAAGAGCAUUUCUUUGAAACUGUCAAAUGCCAAUGAUCAUCCACACGGAGUGAGUGGUAGAUGUUAUCAUGCUGGAGUGUUAGACGAAGAGACUGGAGAUUGGUAUAUCAUUGGUGGAAUAUCAACUCGAAAUGUCUUGACGAAGGAUUUUAUCAAGAUCAAGUUAUCAACCUUGUCACCACGAAUGACCAGUGACAUGACUUUAAAUGAUCCUACUUCAAAUCUUGUUGUUGAAUAUGAAAGGAUUGAUUCCAGUGAUGAAAAUGUACAUCGAUUUGGUCAUUCCUGUAUUCUAGAAACCUCUAACCAUCGAAACAAUAAGAAAAUUUACAUGAUUGGUGGAUGUAAUCAUCAAGUUCACUUUUCCGAUUGUUAUUCUUUGGAAUUGAAUGAAAAGACUUGGAAAAAAGUUUCUCAAAAGGAUCAUCAUGUUCUUGCCACCUCAUCGUCAUUAUUUAAAGAACUCAAUGAAGCUGCUGCUAAUGAUGACACUCGAUUUGAGGCAUUUCCAGUUUUUCACACAACCACUGGUUUUGAAGAAAAUGGAAUUUUUUCAUAUUUUGUGUUUGGAGGAACGAAUCAAAUCUCUGAUAUCCAUUUCUGUAUGUCAGAAACAACAGAAGAAACAAGCAACUUAUCUGUCAAUGCCACUCCUCAAAACAAAGACAAGUACUUGGCUCACAAAGAAUUCAACUACAAACAAUUCGAUUCCAUGUUCAAUGAUGACAUUUAUAGACAUAUUCUUUCGUAUUUGAAAUGUGUGGAUUUGAUGAGAUUGCAAUUAGUGAACAAGAAGUUACGAAUUUGUCAACUCACUGAAGAAGAUCAAUUCUGGAAAGUGAAUUACAUGAAACAAAUUUCAGACUUGAAAGACAAAGCUUUUAAAUAUCAUCAUCAUUCAACAAGAAAAAGUGCAUUACAUUCCAUAAAAUUUGAUGACUUGCUCAAACGUACAUCAAAUUACAAACAAGGAUUAGUUCAACUAUUUAAAGAGUUUGAAAGUAAGGCUGAAAAGAAUUCUAAAAAAUUGACAAGUGAAUGGAUUGAAAAGGUGAAAUGGAAUGAUGAAUUCAACAAGUCGUUUUACACCUUGGAAGAAAUUUUGCAAUAUCCCAAACAUGGUGUUCACAACACAUUAGGUUCACAACCAAGUAGUAGUAGUAUUAAAUUGGUAAUUGUGGGAGAUGGAUCCACAGGAAAGACAAGUCUCUUAAUCACACACGUCACUAAACAAUUCCCAACCGAAUACAUUCCCACAGUCCUUGACGCUUACAGUUAUUCCAGUCCUUUCAUUCCCAACAUUUCCAUUGGUCUAUGGGAUACACAAUGUCCUGACGAAUAUUGUCGUACGCUUCGACCUCUGAAUUAUCCUGGAACCGAUCUCUUCUUUGUGACUUUUAGUAUUGCCUGUAAGAACUCUCUCUUCAGUAUUUCCGAUAAAUGGGUUCCAGAAGUUCGUCAUCAUUGUCCCCAAACACCAAUUCUUCUCAUUGGAACAAAAUCAGAUUUGAGAAUGGAUGUAAUGUUUGUGAAAUCGUUAUUGAUGGAACAUGAGGAAAUGCCAAUAACUGUGAAACAAGGAGAGUUGAUGGCACAAAGAACUGGAUGCAUUGGAUAUAUUGAGACGAGCUCAAAGACGGGAGAGGGAUUGGAAUUAUUGGAUGAGUUGAUCAUUAAGGCAAUCUGUAUUGCUAAAGAUUCAACAUACAAGUCAAAUAACAAGAAGAAGAAGAAGAAGUGUUUGUUUCAAUAA